AUGCCCGACAUCGACGCUCUCUUCAUCCUCAAUUCAGAUGACCAGCUCAUCUUCGAGCACCAUUGGCGAAGACGCGUCACAUAUGAGACGACAAACGCCCUGUACUCCUCAGCGAGGGAUCAACUGGACAGCACUGGACCCUUCAUCGCUGCCUCGGAUGGAAGUCUGUUAUACCAUGUAACUCAUGCGCCGGCCUCGACCACGCAUGACAAUGUUGUUUUCCUCCUAGCGACAUCGUCGGAGGCACCACCGUUGGUGGCUUUGGAGUUCUUGCACAGGAUCAUCCUCGUUCUGCAGGAUUACUUUGGCAAAGUCACAAGUUCGACAAUCGAGGGCAAUUACGACGUAAUCUGCAACCUGAUGUACGAGAUGAUGGACAAUGGCGAACCACUACUGACUGAGCCCAACGGUUUAAGAGACGCUGUCGAACCACCCUCAAUUAUGUCAAAACUGUUAGCGUCAACAGGUAUAAAUGCAUCUUCACUGUCAGCCGCGACGAACCCUAGUAUAUCCACAAUACCCUGGAGGAGAUCAAAGGUGUCAUACAACAAUAACGAGAUCUACGUGGACGUUAUCGAGAGAAUCCGCGCGAUUACCGAUGCACACGGUCGACUCACCCACGCAACCGUACAAGGCGCCUUCCGCGUAAAAUGCCAAAUCUCCGGCGUCCCAGACCUCCUAAUGAACCUCUCAACCCCCCUCGACCUCCCAUCCCUCCACCCAAGUAUCCGACUAGAUCAACUGCAGACAAAUCCACGCGCACUCUCAUUCAUCCCCCCCGACGGCGAAUUCGAACUCGCAACUUACGAGACCGAGUUGAGUGGAGGGAGGAUAUGGCCUUUACACGCCGAAGUACGAAAACGGAGGAACUCGCCAGAGUGGGAGUUGGCUGUGAGUGUCAAUCGUAUGCCUGCGCGGAACUCGUCAGCAGCCUCACCGUUGACUGUGGACGACAUAUCGGUGGAGAUCACCUUACCAUCCCCCGCCUCAAACAUCCGCACCUCAAAAGGCGAGCCAGAAACAACCCCAACAAAACUAACUUGGUCCAUCGGAAAACUCGCACAAUCCCAAUCCGCAGUCCUCAAAGCCACCUUUUCCGGCGAAGGCGCACGGAGACCUACGGAGGUACGCCUGAAAUGGAGCAUGACGGGAUGGGCGGCGAGUGGAAUGCGUGUUGAAGGGAUCAAGAUUACGAAAAAUCAUAAUGAGGGUGGUGGGAUAAGUGGGGGGAGUAUGAAUGGGAGAGCGGGGAUGGGUGCGGCGGCGGCGGAGGGGAAGCUUUUCAAGGGAGUGAAGUAUGCGACGCAGUCUGUGGAUUGGGUGAUUAGGUGCUGA